AGGUCAUAUAUCAUAUCGCUAUUCUCAUUAUGGCACAAUUUACAUUCAAACUCUAUGCGACUUAUUGAUAAGCAAUGUAUCAAUGCAACUUGUGGAUAUAUUAACUAAACUCAAUUUUGAGAUGCGCAGGCAAAUGAUAACACAUCCUUCACUGAUAUCACUUAGAAAUCCAACAGGAUUAGCAAUAAAUAUUUCGAACACCGUUUUCAAUACUUUAGAUAAAGGAGUUUUUUUUGAGAUAAAGAAGUAGACGUUUUGUUCUUGGCAUGAUACUCUAAAAUAAAAGUGUUUCUGUUUUUUGUUUGUUUUACGAUUAUAAAUUUUCCUCAACGAACAAUAUUGUGUUUGCAAACCAAAAUAUAAAUUUUUAGAGAUUUGUAACUCGUGAAUGUCAAUGAUUUUUAUUGUUUAUUUUUACAAAUUUUAAAUCAACACUUCUUUACAAAAUGUAACAAAAGUUUGAUAAAAGCAAUCAAGAAGAGUGAAGUAAACGCAUUUAAAUAUAAUCUACUUUAAUUCACUUGCUGCAAUGUUGCAGCAUAUGUUGUGAGGGCAAAAAAGUAGUCAAUAUAACUCAUUUUUUCUAAAAUAACAAAAAAGCACAAUUUGCAAAUUGUAUCUUUAUUUACUAACCUUACUUCAACAUUUUGUACUUUAUAAUAAUUGAUAAUUAAGUAAAUAAAAUAAAGACUAAGAGGAAAA